AUGGCAUUGGCCUCAACUUUUCUCGUCAGCCCUUUCGUGGCACCAGUCGCCAUUAAUCCCCGCAAUAAGGUAACAAAUGCAAAGGGGUUCAGAGUAAACUGUUUGAUCCAAGCGGAGGCCGACAGUAUUGGAAAGAGAACUACUAAUUUUAAGCUUCUUUUUGCAGAAAAGUUGCAGACACGCGAACCGAGCAUGUCCACAGUGUUAGUGAAUUACCAUAAUGACUUUGAUCCCUACAAAGCAACCUCGACACCAAUUUACCAAACUGCUACUUUCAAAAUGAAAUCUGCCACAGAAUUUGGUGAAUAUGGCUAUUCCAGAAAUGCAAAUCCUACCCGAGAUACUUUGGAGAAGUUACUAGCACAGCUUGACAAUGCAGAUAAAGCCUUCUGCUUCACCAGCGGAAUGACUGCUUUGACUGCUGUUUGUGAACUCGUUAAUCCUGGUGACGAAAUCAUUGCUGUGGAGGAUAUCUAUGGCGGAUCGUAUAAAUUCUUGAACGAACUAAUCGCAAGAAAAGAAGGAGUUAAAGUGACAAAAGUAGAUACAAGUAAUCUAGAGAACGUGGAAGCUGCUAUGGGAAUUAACACUAAGUUGAUCUGGUUAGAGAGUCCCAGCAAUCCGCAGCUCAAAAUAUGUGACAUUCGAAGAAUAUCAGAGAUUGCCCAUGCACAUGGUGCUAUUGUAUUGGUGGACAACAGUGCAAUGUCUCCUGUGUUAAGUCAGCCAUUGGACCUUGGAGCAGAUAUUGUUAUGCAUUCAAAUACCAAAUUUGUUGCUGGAAAUAGCAGUGUCCUGGCGGGGAGCCUCGCUACAAGGGAUGAAGGGUUGGCAAAACACUUGGAGGCUUUUAAAAAUACAACGGGCACUGCCUUGUCCCCAUUUGACUCCUGGCUCUGUUUAGAAGGAAUUAAAACAAUGGCUCUACGAGUUAAGGAGAAACAGAAAAAUGCACAAAUAGUUGCCGAGUUUCUUGCCUCCCAUCCUCAAGUAACGAAAAUAAUGUAUCCUGGUCUUUCUAGUCAUCCUGGAUAUGACUUGCACCACUCGCAGGCGAAUGGGCCAGGAUCUGUGCUUAGCUUCACAACAGGCUCACUGCCACUCUCAAAGCAUAUUGUUGAAAGUACCGAGUACUUCAGCAUGACUGUCAGUUUUGGGAGCGUAAGUUCAUCGAUAUGCUUGCCUUGGUAUACGUCCCAUGCUGUCAUUCCUGAAGGAGAACGUGUUCGCAUGGGUUUAACUAAAGAUCUUGUACGUAUUUCUGUGGGGAUUGAAGAUGUUAGUGAUCUUAUUACAGAUCUUGACAAGGCACUCUCAUUUGGAUCACUCUAA